AAACGCCACAAGUCUCUCUCUCUCUCUUCUCCUCCCCUUCUCUUUACCCUUUUCGCACCCAAAAUUUUGAUUCUCAAAAUCCCUAAUUUACAGAUUGAAAGCGCCUCGAAAAUCUAGGUUUUUGAUUCGUUCGGAAUCUAAUGGUGAAGAAGCGAAAAUCCGAGGCCUCGCGGCUCGAUGAGGUCGAUCGAACCAUGUACGGCGCCUUUCGAGGUGCUGCUAAUUCGCUAUCUCAGCUCUAUACCCACGCCAUGAAUCACCAACGCGUCUCUUUCCUCGCCGGUGAACGUCGUGGACUGGAGAAACUAUACCAAUGGAUUGUGAGACAACAAGAAGAAGGGACUAGAGUAUCGACAGAAGAUAUUACUACCUAUUUACAGAACGAGCUUGAAUGUGAACCAGAUGAGACAUCGAUACCAAUCCCCAUGCAAGAGUUUCAUCAGCACCAAUUCGCUCCACCAAACGUAAAUACUUCAGCGGCUCAUGUUCCUUCAAGCCACAUAGCGCAACAUUAUGAGUACAACCAAGAGAAAGUCUUGAUUCCACCUAAUGGUCUUUCAAGUCCGGUUCGAAGAACACUUCAGGAAUUCAACCUGUGCGAGGCUGAGUCUGGUAACCGCAAUCCAAACUCUACAGGUCAGGAGCGAUCUCAUUGAUGAUAUCUUGUUUCAUAUGGCAACAAUGAAAACAAAAGUCCCCUUGUAAAGUCUCGAUUUUUCUGGUAAAGUAUUGUCUCAUGUUAAUACACAAACAAUUUGCUGAUAUUUGAAUGACAUUACAUUGGAGGAAUUCGAAAUGGACCCCUAAGAUAGAAAGAUUAAAAAAAAUAUCUGAUAGAGAUGUUGUCGGG